UACAAUUGUCGUUUCAAAAACACGAUGUUGAAGCUAUCUGGUGUGACCCUAAUCCUGACAGCAGUCACGGGUGUGGUUUGGUGUCAGUCCUGUCCCAGCGGCUUCCUACACCACGACGACUCCUGCUACAGCCUCAUCCGUGUCAAGGCCUCGUGGGCGGAAGCGGCCGUGUACUGUCAGGCGAUAAGCGCCCAUUUAGCCUACGUCCAGACGGCUUCGGAACACAACUUUGUGGAAGGUUAUCUCAAAAGAGAAGACUCUACUAUAAGAACUGAUGGUGUCUGGGUCGGUGGUUUGACGUACCUGGUACAGAACGAGUGGCAGUGGGGAUUUGAAAAUACCCGAACCGCCAGUACCUGGUGGCUUCCCGGGGAACCGAAUAAUGAUCACGGUGCCCAGCUUUGUCUCAUGUACAAGAAAGGAUCGUACCUGUGGGACGACAAUGAAUGUCAAGACACGGAGUUUUUCUUAUGUGAAUUCGAACUCGGAUCUACCCCCCAAAUAGUUGGGAAAUAACAUUCAAGUCGGAACAAUGGAGACUCCACGAGAACAUUAGAAGAAAGUUUGGCUUUGUGGACAACAGUUAUUGUGUCCCUAGAAACAAUGCUUUACUAAUCUUAAUGUGUGUUUUGCCUGUUAAAUAUGUGUCUUACAAUACAUAUUAACUGACCGAUGAAUUGAUUGGAGCACUUACUCUGAUCAUGCAAAUGCAUGUUUGUAACAUAAAUAGCAUCUGAUCAUUUGAAUAUCCGCAGACUUCGCCAAUGCUUACAAAAGGACAUGGUAUAUGAUAUUAUUGUAUGUUUCUGAUGAAUAUAUGUUUCCGACGGUAAUUAUUUCAACUAUUGUUUUUGAAAAUAUUUGCUUUUGAAAAAUGUGACAAAGAAACAACAGAUCAUAUCAUAUUACUCUGUAUAUAAUAUUGUUAUAUACACUCACGUAGCCGUAAUGAUAAGACGAGACUUUUGUUCCACGCAGUCUUGUUGAAUUUCUCAACGUUCUUUUUAAGGUGACAUUAACAAUAAAUCAUACGCAAUAUGCAGUCCUUAUCCCUGUGAUGCUUGAUUUAAAAUUGCAAUGGCGUAAACAAGACAGACUGUGAAGCUUUACUCAUUCCUAGAUAACUUGUAGCACGUGUAUUACAUAUUACGCACCGGCGGCCAUUUUGAGUCGAGAUUACAACAAAGUCAACACGACACCAAUGGUUGUCUUAAAAAAGCAUGUGAAUUGCAUGACGACACGCGGUAGUCAAGUUGGCUGAGGUGCCGUGAUUCGCUGUGCCAGAACAAAUGAUAUGGGAUUUGCCUUGAUUGUUUCUAGGUUUGAAAGUAAAACGUCUAAAACCUGCACACAUCACUUGGGGUUUGCCUUCCACAUCAAGCUGACACGCCUUAAUAUAAUAGGAAUACUGUUCAAAGCAGGGUUGAACAAAACUCACCUACUGAUGAUGACACACUGCGUAAGGACACAU